AGUCCAGGUGGUCCAAAAUGCGUAAAACCGCUGCGUAAAAAAGAGCCAAACGCUCGGGAAACACACCAGCUCGCCGCAGCUCUGUGGUUGAGCUCAUUUUAGAAGGAAAAGUACGUCUUUUGGACUUGCAGCAGGAGAAAUAUCCUAAAGAACUGGACGCGUUUCAGUGGUGCUGCGCAGCGAUAUAACCAGAAAAGCGGACACUAAACGGAGCGGGGUAAACUUUACUUGUCUUUGGUGCCGAAUCAGAAACUUGUUUUACCUGGAAACGUUUAGGCUGCUCUCGUCAGCGAUAAGUGGAGAUAUGUUCAAGAAAACCAAGAGUAAAGUGUUGGUGAAUUAUGCGUCAGAGGAAGACGACAUGUCCUGGCACUAUCAUCACUCCUACGAGGACAAAGACAUGGCAGAGGAAGAGGAGGAGGAAGCUGUCACUGCCAUAGCCAAGGAGGCAAAGGUGAAGAAAAUGAUGUCCAAGAAGGAGAGGAAGGAGAAAAAAAUGCUGUCCUUUAAAGAUGACGAACACUUGUUGUUGUCUGGAGUGAAGGUGGCAGAACGCAAAGUGUCCAACAAAAAGGUCAAGGAAUCUGAGAAGGAGAAGGAGAAGAAGGACAAGCCGGAAAAAGGACACUGUUUCUGGGACAGUGUUACAAUGACAAUGAGGCAAAUUUCACCUGCCAAAAAGCUUGAGAAGAUGGAGGGCUGGGAGCCACCACAGUUGGGGAUCGUUACUGAGACCGAUGAAACCCUCGUUGAGAACGGUCAGAAUGGGGAGUCUGAAUUGUCCGUUCCUCCUGACUCCAUAAGCAUUCCCUUGGAAAUUCCUUCGUGGGGUGGCCAGGGAUUUGAAGAGGACUCCUCUCAUUAUGCCAACUUGACAGACUCCAAUGACCCAGCAGCUGCAGUGAGGUGGACGGCCCGUGCCAAAGUCAAGCUGGCUGGCAUCAGCAGAAUGAGCAGAGGGAUCGUGUCAGAGAGCCCAUGGGCAGGCUUUAAACAAUAGCACUGUUUUCCUAAGUAGACAAUUAUCUGAACCAAAUUUCUGCCUCCUUCUAAUCUAGCUCCAGAAAGAAAACAUAAUGCUACACUGUAACUCAAGACAUUAACAAGGCAGUGCCUUAAAGUGCUAUUCCAGUAGUGGCCAGUAGAUGCCAGGAUUUCUUUUUCUCCUAACAAUGGCAUAUAGUAUAUCAGUUUUUACAACUUUUGCUUUUUAAUUUUUUCUGGGUCUGUAUGUAAUAAAUGUUAUUUCCAUAUCCAAAGGCAGAAAUAUGUAUAAAAAAGCAUUAAAAAAAGAAACCAAGCAGAAGGCGUCGUAAGAAUGCAGCCAAACGUUUUCAAUUCAGCCAUAUAUGCCGCUGCCUUUCUAUUGUGGAGAAGUGUAGCUCCAAAGGCUUUUUUGUAUCAGAAAAUGUCGGAUCUGCUUUGGAAAACAAUAGAAAGCCAGAUUGUGAUUUAUUUGUGGUUCAUAAUUUCUAUAUUUGUAGGUUUUCUGUUUCUAAAAUCUGAUAUUUGCCCUUAACUUCUUCCCCAAAUACUACAUUAAUUUUACUACAAGACAUUUUAGUUGUCAUUACCCUGAUUCAUCCAUUUUGAGUGUCCUGGUAAUCCAUGGCGUCAAGAACAAGAUGGUUACAGAAAAAACUCAAACUAGGGCUCCAGCUUACCAAUUUAUGAACAAUCUGUAGUUAAUGGCAUCAUUUUACCAAAAGGAAUCCUCUAAUAUUAGAUUUGAAGGAAAUGUAAAUCAUUUGUAUUGUGAGCUUUUUUAAAAGGACUUUAUGUGUGAAUCACUAGCAAAUGCUAAAUCUGUUGAAAUGAAAGACUUACACUACUGUAAAAUGUCUGUUAUGAUUUCUUAAAUGUGCGAUUCUUUGCCAACAGUCGAGGAUACAUUUCUUGCUCUGACAAUCAAAUACUAUGCAAGCUUGUUAUACUACUGAAAAUUUAUGUAGCUAGUUUUUACUUCCUUUCUUUACAGAUGCAGCACCCAGAAACUGUCUGAAGCCUUAACUUAAGAAGCCCAGAAAUGGGUUGUGCAAUCAUAAAAAAACACCUUUGAAACAACA